AUGCCGCGUCGAAUGCAUAAUACGACCUCCUUGCCUCGGGGCUUGCGCUCCGAGCUGGGGAUCAGGGAUACUUACGGGGAAAAGAAACGCAAACAAAAAGGACCCGCUACGCGGAAAGACCGACGGAAGGCAGAGCGCGACAAUAAGAAAUCGCGAACGGCAGUGGCUCCGGCACAGAAAAAGUUUCAACGAAUUGAGGAAAGCGAAGAUGAAGAGGAGGAUGUGGACGAUCUCGAUCUAGACGAGGACGACGAUAUUUCCAGCGACGAUGCAAGACCUACGAAAAAACCAAAGCCUACCACCGAGGCAAAGCCGAAGCCCGCGUUAAAAUCGAAGAAGUCUAAGGACCUUGAACCUGCUUCCGAUAGCGACAGCGACGACAGUCAGGGCUAUGAAGAUGAUGCUAUGAACGAGGAUACCCCAGAAUCAACCGUCCAUGUUUCCGCCGGCGUCAAGUCUAAGUUAGCCCAGGACGAUGCGGAAAUUGCGGCGCUGGAGAAGAAGCUAGGCUUGAAGAAAGGCAAGAAGCUUCCGAAGGCCUUUGCAGAAGAUGGAUUGGAGGACUUGAUGGGAGACUUAGGCGAGGAGUCGGAGGACGACACCCGAAAGCGCAAGCGAGAGGCUGAUGAGUGGUUGUUGAGCAAAAGGCGAAAGGCACAGGCUCUCCAAGCGAAGGUGUCUGAAGAUGAGGAAGAUGAAGAUGAGGAAGAUGAAGAUGACGACGAUGAGCUCGACAGCGACGAAGACGACAAUCUCGAUGAUGAAAUCUUCGGGAUGAAAAAACCGCUCCCCAAGAAAAAGGAAAACCCUUAUAUCGCUCCAGUCGCGAAGGCUGAGACUACGCAGAAAUACAUUCCUCCGUCGAUGCGAGCUCGUCAAGACCCCGAAUCAGAGUCACUUACUCGACUAAGGCGCCAAGCCCAGGGACAGUUGAAUAAGUUGUCCGAGGCCAAUUUGAUUUCUAUCGUUGGCGAGUUUGAGAAGCUCUAUCGUGAUUAUCCUCGUCAGAAUGUGACCUCCACUUUGAUUAAUCUACUGAUGGGUAUGAUCUGUGAGAGAGCCGUUCUCCAAGACACUUUCAUGGUUCUCCAUGCAGGUUUCAUUGCGGCACUAUACAAACUCAUAGGCAUAGACUUCGGUGCCGAGCUUGUCCAGCAUGUUGUUGAGAUCUUGGAUGCGGGUGCUGAUGAACGCGGCAAGUUCGAGGGCAAGGAGAUCGUCAACCUGGUUUCCCUUUUGUCGCAACUGUACAACUUCCACGUUAUUGGCAGUACAUUGAUUUUCGACUACAUCCGUCUCUUCCUGGGGGACAUUAACGAAACCAACACGGAGCUUUUGCUCAAAGUCAUUCGAAACUGUGGUCCCCAACUUCGACAAGAUGACCCUUCAUCACUCAAGGACAUUGUCUUGCUCAUCCAACCUGCUGUGGCCAAGGCUGGCGAGGCUGCCCUUUCAGUUCGCACUAAGUUCAUGAUCGACGUGAUCACCGAUCUCAAGAACAACAAGGUUAAGUCUGCUAUUGGCGCCAGUGUGACCUCGGAGCACAUCACCAAGAUGCGCAAGGUUCUUGGCUCGUUGAAUAAUUCUCGUGUCAUUCGUGCUUCCGAGCCCAUCAGCAUCAGUCGUGCCGACAUCCACGAUUCUUCGAAGAAGGGUAAAUGGUGGUUGGUCGGUGCAAGCUGGAAAGAUGAUCCCUUGGUUGCUGCCCGGAAGGAGUUAGCCGGCGCGGAAACCAAGAAGGCCCAAGUCGAAGAAGAUGACAGCGAGGCCGAGCCCGACCUGGGAGACCUAGCCAAAGCUCAUCGUAUGAACACUGACGUCCGUCGGUCUAUUUUUGUGGCGAUCAUGUCUGCAAACGAUUUCCAAGAUGCACAUGUCCGCCUUCUGAAGCUUCGCUUGAAGCGGGCCCAGGAGUUCGAAAUUCCUCGCCGACGCAUCAAAAUGUCUUUCAUGUUCGCUCUUUGGAACAUAUUCAAGCGAAUGGGCGAGAAAAGCGAUCUCGACGAAGAUGACGACUUUGACCCUGAUGAUGAAGAAAACGGAGUCAGCAUGAAGGCCGUGGUCAACGUGGCCAAGAUGUACGGUAUGCUCAUCGCGGACGGCUCCUUGACUCUAGGCAUUCUCAAGAACCUCAACUUCGCCUAUCUCCAAACCAAGACGAAGACUUUUGUUGAGAUCCUGAUCAUUAGCAUCAUUCAGCAAUCGCAGAAGACUAAAAGGGCGAAGAAGAAGGCAGAUUCCAGCGAGUCUACUUGGGACGAGGAGUCAUUGAUGCAGAUUUUCUUACGUGUGCAGGAAACCCCCCAUGUUGCGAAGGGUCUGAUUUACUUUGUCCGUAAGGUCGUCGCCAAGAGUGAUAUCGUCACAGACAAGGAGCAAAAGUUGGUGCGCUGGGGCUGCAAUGUUGCUGUGGAUGCCCUGAAGGCUGUGAAGGACUAA